AUGGGGGCGGCCCCAGAGGUGGGCGCAAGAGGCGCAAUAGAGUCCAUAAGUUCGUUUGCGGGCGACCUUGCGCUGACGAAUUGCUGCCGAUCUGCUGCAGAUGAUGAGGAUUAUGACCGGCGUCCGCAGAGGCGCAGGUACGAGGAGCCUCUCGUGGUCAAAUUCCGAAAACAGCUGCUAUCUAUCGCUGAGUCUGCAGCUCGAAGGGCAGAGGAUGACGUUGUGACUAUCGCAAAAACUGUUUCGGAAAAUUUCGAGGAUGAAGAGCUGAGACGGAGCUACGUUGAGUUAGCCAUUGAUUUGGUUAUCGAGCAACCAUUGAAAAUCCCCUUCAUUGCCGCGACUGCUCUAGUCGCCAAUGACUAUAAACCAGAGAUUGUUGAAGACGUUCUCAAAAGAGCGCGCGACUCGUUGCAACAAUACGUUGACGCUGGGGCUUGGCGAGAAGUCAAGCUCCUUCUGCGGUUCUUGGGAUGCCUCCAAUCUAUUUUCGAAGGGGAUGGUGUCUUUCCGAUCUUGGAGGAACUCUUCGCUCGUGCCGUUGACCUGCAAACAGCUUCUUCUGAGGAUUUGCUUGGACUUGAACUGGUCAAGAUCAUUCUCUUUACUAUCCCUUACGUUAUGGCAUCUCCUGCCACUGGUUUUGAAGCACAAGCAAUAGCGCUUCUCGAGAAAACCGAUAUCAUCGCCUCGACUCCGCAUGCGCUAGUUGAUCUUGUUGAUCCAUAUGCCUUGGACAACGGCAAACCAGUCACUGUCCAGAGUGUCAUCAGCUUGCUUCAGAGCCAACUCCAAUCUGAGGCCAACCGUGGCUGGGAGCUUGCUUGCGUUCCUCGGCCCUGGAAGAGGCGCAAAAAUGAAGAGGAUGGACCUGUGGAAGCAGUGCCGAAACAUGCUUUUCCUCAGAUCACUGUUCCAAAUCCUGUGCAAAAGGGAACGAGGGCGAUCUUCCCUGAAAUAUAUCUCUCCGUGUAUGCCAAUCAAGACCUGGAGACAGUCCCACCCACAUCCGACAUUGCAUCGUCUCUGUUGAGGGAUGUUCUUGUCGACACGAUCAAUAUUCUCGAUUUCAAUCGCAUAGCAGCCGCCAAAUUCUUGAUCGAUGUGGAUUGCUAUUUCACAGCGAACACUUUUGUGAAGCGCGCUACUCCGUUUGACAGACUGCGUGAUAUUCCUGGGGAUCGCCCGACAUGGAAACCCGAGGACGUCGCCGUAGACGCGGUUUUCUCCCAGCUGUUUCAGCUUCCUUCUCCAGAGCACAAGCUUGUCUACUAUCACUCAGUACUUACUGAAUGUUGUAAGAUUGCACCCGCUGCCAUCGCUCCCAGCUUAGGCAGAGCUAUUCGCUUCCUAUACCGGAGCCUGGAAACAGUCGAUCUGGACCUCAGUCAUCGAUUCUUGGAUUGGUUUGCUCAUCAUCUGAGCAACUUUGGGUUUACCUGGAAAUGGAGUGAAUGGGUUGACGACUUGGAACUUCCACUUGUCCAUCCGCACAUGGCAUUCAUCACCGGUGCUCUCGACAAGGAAAUCCGGCUGAGCUUUGCACAACGUAUCAGAGGGACUUUGCCGGAUCCAUAUCAGGAUCUCAUCACGGAAGGCAAAGAGAAAGACACUCCGGAUUUCAAGUACUCUUCAGAUACCACGCCAUACGCUACUGAAGGCAGGGAGAUUAUGCAGCUCAUUCGAAAGAAGGCGGGCGAUGAAGAAAUUCGGCCACUGAUCGAUGCCAUUGAAGAGCAAGCGAAGGCGCUAGGAGUUGACGAACCAAUGUUGCCUUCUACAGAUGCUCUUGUUACAUCGAUUUGCUAUGUCGGCUCCAAGUCUCUGUCCCAUGUUCUGUCAUGCAUCGAGCGAAACAAGGAAAGGUUGCUGGCUAUCGGGCCAAAAUCAGCUCGCGCUCGUUGUCAAAUCAUUACUUCAGUCAUGGAGUACUGGGUUGACCAACCAGGAAUCGCCAUCAACAUCAUAGACAAGCUGUUGAACUACACGAUCAUAACGCCAUUGUCUGUGGUCGAGUGGGCAUUAGUGGAGAAGAUGGAAGCGGGGGUUAUACUCAGCAAAACUCACAUCUUCGAGAUGGUAUCUGCUACCGUUGGCAAGGUCACGAAUCGUCUGCGGCAGAUCGUGGCUGCGCGCACCCAGCCUGGUUUGUAUGAGCCGCAGCUGAGUGUUCUCGACGAGACUUUGGGUCGCGAAAAGGCCGAUAUGCAAGCCUUGUUCAGGGUUAUCGAAGACUCGAUCGUGUCUGUCGCUGGAGGCAGUAACGACGAACUGAUGGAGAGGGGUGAUGGAAGUGGUAAUUUGCCCGAGGACGAAAUCAUCCGUCAGUGGAGUCGCCGGUGGCUCAGAGUGUUCCGUCGCAAAGCCGGCGUGGAGGAAUCAUUUAUCGCAGAAGCCAUGACCAAUGCCACGCCGGUUGGUACAGUAGCUCCUGCGCCUCAACCUGCUGCUUCGGAGACCAGCGCGGCUGCCAAUGUGGCAGCAGAUGGAGACUUGGACAUUGCCGAUGCCGAUGCCGACGCCGACGCCGCCGUUGAGAUCUCGUGA